AUGGUAAAUCCGCAGGCCCAGUCACUCCAGACGUCAAUAGGAACAGGUUACGAUCUGUCCAAUUCCGUUUUCUCUCCCGAUGGUCGAAACUUUCAGGUCGAAUAUGCGGUUAAGGCCGUGGAAAAUGGCAAUACCUGCAUUGGCAUAAGAACAAAGUAUGGCGUUGUCCUUGCCUGCGAGAAGAUCAUCUCCUCGAAGCUUCUCAAACCAGGGACCAACAAGAGAAUAUCCACCGUAGAUCGCAACUCCGGUGUCGUUUGUUCCGGCCUUCUACCUGACGCCCGGCAUCUUACCAGCAGAGCAAGAGAUGAGGCUAGCAGUUGGCGACAGACAUACAAAGCGCCAAUCCCGAUCAGCGCUCUGGCAUCGCGGAUGGGAGGCUACGUUCAAGCAUACACUCUCUACUCAUCCGUACGACCGUUCGGAGUCACAGCAAUCUUAGGUGGCUGGGAUUCAGAGGCUGAGCUUGGUGUCGACGGCCAGGUCGGGGUCGGUCCCAAAUCUGGCGCGGGUGGAAAGUUUGAAGAGGAAGCAGUGAAAAGAGGUGGACCGGGCCUCUACAUGAUCGAACCCAGCGGUUUAUAUUGGGGCUACUAUGGAGCUGCUACUGGCAAAGGACGGCAAGCCGCAAAGGCUGAACUAGAGAAACUGGAUCUGGGUUCUCCCACAUGCCCUCUUACGCUCAAAGAAGCCGUGAUGGAGGCAGCAAGAAUCAUCUACGUUGCUCACGAAGAUUCGAAAGACAAGGAGUUUGAGCUGGAAAUGAGCUGGAUCUCCGCCUUGGAUGGUCCUACAAAAGGAAGACACGAGCAAGUCCCGCAAGAGUUGCUGGAAGAGGCCGAGAAGGCGGCGAAGAAAAGCCUGGAAGGGGACGACGAAGAUGAGGACGAAGAGGAUGCUAUGCAAGAGUGA